ACGGUUCGAGGCUUGUCGGGCGGUGAGAUGUUUUGAAAAUUAGAAAAAACGAAUGAAAAAAAAAUACGUAAAUUAUGAAUUAACGAGUUUUAAAAAAUUAGUUAUGCAUUAUUGUUAGUUAAAAAAUAAUAAUAAUUGAUGCUAGUUGAUAUAGCGCGAUACAAAAGAAAUACCAGCUUAUUUUGUAUGUUCCGGAUUAAUGCGGCCGUUCGCUUUGUUAACUGUAACCUUAUAGUUUUGCAAAAAAAGUUGUCAAAUAAAACAGGUUGAUCAAUAAAUAUGAAAAAAUAAAGAAUAUGUCUAAAGAAAUAUUUGGAGAGAAAUACGUAACUAAAAUUUGUUUCAAAGAUCUUAGAAAAUGGGCGUCGUUGUAAACCUUACGAAUUAUGUGUUAUAAUUUCGAUGAAUGAAAUUUUAUUCAAGUGCUCAAUAUUAUCAAAAUAUAUUUGUGGUGGUGUGCACGGUGCCCAAAUAAAGCAGAAUAGCUGUUAUGCCGAAAUAUUGGAUUACUCAUUAAAUUGGAUUAUCGAUAAUCAAUCACAGUUGGAUAUAAACAUUGUGAAUAUCAGAGGAAAACUUUAGGACUUAUAAAGACAUGAUCUUAUACGGCAAUAGUUGGAUGCAGUUUUACCGGACAUCUUUUCCAUCAAAAACGGAUUUUCGAUCGAAUUGAAUAAAGUUCGGACGAGAAAUUAGCGGCAUCAUUUAAGCAGAACAUAGAUGGCCUGUCGUAACAAUUGAGCGUCUCGCUGCUGAUGUCACUCACUCAUUCAGUCACUCACAGCUGUCAUGUUGUGCAUGUAGUCAUGACAAAUAUUUCACGUACAAUUUUGCCAAAUUUGUGUGUCAAUUCUAAAUUUGACAUACAAUAAAUGAUGCGAUCAUUAAAAGAUCACCACUUCAAGAUACUACAAUACAUAUAAUCAAUUAAACAAAGACGAAUAAGGCGCAGGCGAGCAAAAAAAAAAACAAAACAAAACCAAGAGUAGCAGUUACAAAGGCCCUGUAUGCCAUCAUCGUUGGCAACGACAUCUUAGAACAAAUAUCAUUUGUUUGUGUGUGUGCGUGCGUGCGUGCGAAAAAACGCCUACCGCCCGCGCUAAUGUUUGCUUGGUUGUGCUGAUCGAAGUAAACGACAGCGACGACGAGUUAUCAAUUAAACGUUUACGAUGUUUAGUUAGCCUCAAUUAUCUUUAAUUGUUGGCAUAAUUUGUCAACAUCGUGAAAUUUAAUUAAACGAUUUUACCAUCACCAACAAUUGCCAUUGCGAAGUCCAAGCGCAAGGGAAAAUCGCUGGCACCCCACGAGCCUAAACAUCAGCAUCAUUGCCACCAGAGCCGAACAGUACUCUCACAGCAGCAAACACCCAUGGAAAGUUUAAAAAAAUAAUGAAAAAAGAAAUAAUUGCUCAUUCAAGAGAAUGACAAUUGAAAUGUCAACACGCGAGUGCAUAAAUGAAUAAAACAAGCAAUAGAAGAAAAAAUAGCAAAGAAAAGCAAUUUAAGAAUUAGAAAAAAGCUAUGAAAUGUAAAUCAGUUUCUCAGUGAAAGAAAAUAGUUUAAUAUCAUUUUUGUUUUGUUUUUAAACUACACAAACAUGGCAACCCUACAUGACUUAACCUCAACCAGCAUUUCCGCUCGCAGUGCAUUGUCUUUGUAUUGUAGGGCAAGCAAAUCAAAGCAAUUAAAUCAUCAUGAGCGACAGUCUUACCACUUUCCUUACUUUGGAGAUCACCAUCGAAGUCUUAAAAACUUCAAUCAUUUGGGCCUUCCUUGGAAUUUACCUGUUUUAUUGGUACUUUCUUCGUUAUGCGUGACGAUGUCCCAAGGUGCUACAUUACAUCACAAAGAAUACCGCAGUGCGGCUUUAUUUGCCUUAAAUAAUUUUACCGAUCUAUAUGAUGCAUCAUCUUCGUCAUCAUCGUCUUUCUCAUCGCCUUCAUCUGCCAUAAAGUCCAUGGAUUUAACAAGUGUCGAACAGAAUGAUGUGGAUGUACCGGAUUUCAAUUCGCCACGUUCAUCAUCGUCAUCAUCAAGAAAUGAGCACAUGGAUACAAAACAAAAUACAGGUUGUCCCUUAACCACAAGUUCACACUGUUUGAAAUGCAAUCGUGAGGGUUGCAUUAAAUGCACCUUCUAUUUGGUCACCGAUACACGGCAAUGUGUCGAUCGCUGUCCCUCAGGGUAUGUGGAUCAAUGGUCGGCGCAUACAGAGUUUAUGGGUCGUGUUUGCGUGCCCAUAGGUUAUUCCGGAGCUUUGAUGGCUGCGUUGGCAGGCAUGUUUGGUGGAUUUCUGGUAUGCCUCUCCAUAUUGGCUGUGGCCGUUAUGUUGGUGAAAAGAAGACGUAGACGCAAGGCCAUAAAACAAAAAUUAAUCAAUGAAAACACCAUGGAUCGCUCAGAUUUCCUGAGGCAAUUGAACGAUAUGCGUCCAAAUGCUGAAUACUUUUUGGCCAUGCUCAAUGAUACAAGAAGGCAGAUAAGAAAACUCUAUUUGGCAGGUGAUGUGGCGGCGGCCAAUUCCUAUAGGCCCAUUGUCAGAGAUCUGGCUAGGAUAUUGAUAUUGCUGAAUCGUCCCAUAGAGCUGAUACCAGCGGCACCGCACGAUUGGAAUCGCUUGUACUCAUGGUCCGAACAGAUGCUGGAACGUUAUAGGCCUCAGGUAGGCCAACUUAUAGAUUUCUUUCAGACUUCAAAUGGCGUGGAUGUGGAUGAGUUCGAUGCCACCUCGGUGUAUAGACAGAAAGUGGGAGGUGGGGGUUUCUAUAAGCAAAGUGCCACCCUGCAGUCAACUUCUACAUUGGGAGGUGGCAAGGGAGGAACCAAAUCCCAGAAAAUGCAUUUGUUUGGCUCACUCAUUAGUCUGCAUGAGUUCGAGGAGCCCAGACCCUCCGAUCCCUUUGGCAGCAGCUUUAAUACGCUCAAGAGCGGCAAUCUUAUAUCAGAUCUCAAUGCAAGUUCUCUGUGGCUAGAGGAUGAGUUCUACAAACUGGGCUUUCGACCGCAAGAUGAAAUAACGACUGAAUUAUAGGUGUUUUUAUUUUAAUUGUUCAAGCUUUGCUUUGUUAAUUUUAUGAAUUUUUACAAAAACAAAAGAAAAACUCCAUGUACUGUGAAUACAAGCAAUUUUAGAUUAAUAAUCGAUGUGAAUAUGUAGCAAUGAAGUAUUAUUUGUUGAAGAAGUCGGUCCAAAUGAUCAAACGAAAACUCAAACUCAAAUAAACUAUGUGCUCAAAAUAACCACUAGAACAAAUGUAAAUAAUUUUAAAUAAGUAAAAAUAAAAACAAAAAAACUCAAACGCAA